AUGGCAUCAUCAGCAGCAACAGCCAAGAAGCUCGUUGUCUGUGGAGGCAAUGGCUUUCUGGGCUCGCGAAUCUGCAAGGCCGGCGUGCUUCGGGGCUGGGAUGUGACGUCGAUCAGCCGUUCUGGAGAGCCACAAUGGAAGGCCGUGACGGGUUCACCAGCCCCGCCGUCAUGGGCACGCCAGGUGUCGUGGGAGCGUGCCGACAUCUUCCGGCCGGAGACGUAUGCGCCUCUGUUCCGUGGCGCCAACUACGCCGUCCACAGUCUGGGCAUUCUGCUCGAGGCCGACUACAAGGGCGUGCUUUCAGGCAAGGACUCGCCUCUGGAGGGCGUCCGCAAGAUGCUGGCCGGAAGCCAGGGUAGACAAGACAAGCCCCAGCCGGAUUCGUCUUCGUCCUCGUCCUCCUCCUCACAGAUGACCUACGAGACCAUGAACCGCGACAGCGCCCUUUUGGUCGCCCGAGCGGCUGCUGAGGCCGGCGUGGAUGCCUUUGCCUACGUCUCGGCUGCUGCAGGCGCUCCAGUUCUGCCAGCCCGCUACAUUGGCUCCAAGCGCGAGGCUGAGCGGCUGCUCACUGCCGCCGCCAACCCCGAGGCCUCGUCCUUUCCCUCGCCCCUUCACCGUCCCGUCUUUAUACGCGCUCCCUUUCUCUACGACGCAGCCGCGCGUCCGCUGACGGUGCCACUCGCCGCUCUCGUCGGCGCCGGCGCUCUCUUCAACCGUGCCGCCGGUGGCGCCCUCUCCGGCGUUUUCGGCUCAGCCGUCACCAAGCCGCUCAAGGCCGACGACGUGGCCGACGCUGUCGUCGAGGCCCUGAGCGACGACACCAUCCACGGCCCGGUCGAGGUGGACCAGCUCGUCCAGCUGGCCGAACGCGCCUGGCGCAAGAGCAUGCUGUGA